AUGUCGACGAACAAAGAUCCUGAGCUCGCGAAAGACGGCCUCGAAGUCACGGCCUCCCUAUCCUCGUCCAAAGAUGCCAACGCACCUGUACCAGUCGAAGGAACGACCGAGCAUCUGCCUACAUACGAGCACGAGAAGGCUCUGACGUGGAAGUUUGAUCUCAGGAUUCUGCCCAUGCUGGCUGUCAUGUAUCUCUUCAACGCGCUCGACAAGGGCAAUCUGGGCAACGCAAAGACGGACGGCAUGGACAAAGAUCUUGGUUUCGUGGGCAACCAAUACAACAUCAUGCUGAGUAUCUUCUACGUACCAUAUGUCAUCUUUGCGCCACCGAUUGGUAUGCUGGGAAAGAAAUACGGGCCGCAUCGUGUGCUGCCGAUCAUGAUGUUCUGCUUCGGUAGUGCGACGCUGCUCGCUGCUAGCGUGCAGAAUUGGAGUGGUAUGAUGGCUCUACGAUGGUUUUUGGGUAUGGCUGAGUCUGCAUUCUUCCCAUUGGUCAUCUACUACUUGACCACCUUCUACCGUCGAGGAGAGCUUGCCAGACGACUGGCAUUAUUCUAUGCCGCUUCCAAUAUUGCAAACGCAUUCAGUGGACUGCUCGCUUUCGGUGUAUUCCAGAUCGAGUCAAAGCUUGACUCGUGGCGUUACCUGUUUAUUAUUGAGGGAGCACUCACAGUCUGCUUCUCCUUCUUCGCCUACUGGUACCUCCCCAAGAACGCCUUCGAAGCCAAAUUCCUCAAUGAGUCAGAGAAGCAACUCGCAUACACGCGUAUCCAGAUCGACUCUUCAUCGGUCGUUGACCAAAAGUUUAAUCUAAAAGACGCUCUUGGUAUUUUCAAAGAGGCAUCAACCUAUGGCUUCCUAGCCAUUGAAAUUUGUCUCGGUGUACCGCUGCAGUCCGUAUCGCUAUUUCUGCCACAGAUUGUCGCGCGACUAGGAUACGAUCACAUCAAGACGAACCUUUAUACUGUAGCGCCCAACAUCGUUGGAGCAAUUGUUCUUCUCAUCUUGGCUUUUGCCUCGGACUUUACUCGUCUCCGCUUCCCGUUCAUCGCUCUCGGCUUUCUGCUCACAUUCAUCGGCUUCAUCAUCUACGCCACCAUUGACGUAGAACAAUCCCUUACCGUUGCCUACUUCGCCUGCUUCAUGAUGACAUGGGGUACAUCUGCACCUUCCGUUCUCCUCUCCACAUGGUACAACAACAACGUCGCCGACGAGAACCGGCGUGUAACCCUUACCUCGGUUGGUGUGCCGCUGGCAAACUUGAUGGGUGUCGUUAGUUCGAACAUCUUCAGGCCACAGGAUGCGCCAGAGUACAUCCCUGCGCUGGCGACUACUGCAGCUUUCGGAGCGACUGGAUGUUUGUGUGCAGCGCUGCUGGGUGCCUACAUGGUUGUAGACAAUAAGAGGAGGAACGCGAAACAGGGCGUCAACCACACUGCUAGGGAUGUUUCAACCGAGAAACUGAGAGAUGGACCCAAGAACCCAGACUUUAGGUGGUUCUUCUGGGGAACAGAGACGCAGCUGCAAGGAUGCUUCUAUUGCAGAGACGGUCGGGAACGCAGCCGGACGUUAGCGCCAUCUCUUAUCGCCGAGGCGCAUCAGUCGUCACGCAGCCUCACGCGCCUCACUCGGCCAUCAACCGUCACGGCUCCGGAAGCUCGACUCAUCUCCAUCAUGGCGGUCAAAGCUGCAGUGCCCUUCUUGGUGGCUAUGAUGCUGUUGACGGGUGUGUGUAACACACUGCUAACCAAGUACCAAGACAUGCAAUGCGUCAACAACUGCGACUCCCCUUCGCCGAAACAUCGCGACCAUUUCGAACAACCUGUCCUGCAGACCCUUCAGAUGUUUAUGGGUGAAAUGGGUUGUUGGCUGGUGAUUGGUGUCUUCCAACUCUACCAGCGGUAUGCCAGCGCAAAGGCUGGCUACGAGGCCAUUCCAGAUAAUGAAGGGUCAGAUGACAGUGAAACGGGUGCUGUCGCCAACCUGUUGAGGCCCGCACAUCCUGAUGACGAGGGCAGAAUACCGCUCGAGGGACGCAGCAUCUUCUUGUUGGCGCUUCCGGCCUGCUGCGAUAUUGCCGGAACCACGCUCAUGAACGUUGGCCUGCUGUUUGUCGCUGCUAGUAUCUAUCAGAUGACCAGAGGCGCAUUGGUCCUUUUUGUCGGUUUGUUCAGCGUGUGGUUCCUCAAGCGCCAUCUUGGUCUCUACAAGUGGUUCUCGCUCUUUGUUGUCGUAGCUGGUGUCGCUGUUGUCGGACUCGCAGGUGCUAUCACCAAAGAUGACAAAGCAUCGCCCGGUCAUCAAUCGAUUCAUGAUGAGGCAACCGGCUCGGUUGGUGUCGACGCGGCGACUUCGCAGGCCGCCAUGACCAUUAUCGGUGUCCUGCUUAUUGCUGGUGCGCAAAUCUUCACUGCGACACAGUUCGUGCUUGAAGAGAGGAUCAUGGAGAAGUAUGCUAUGGAGCCAAUCAAGGUUGUAGGCUGGGAGGGUAUUUUUGGCUUCUUGGUUACGCUCAUUGGCAUGAUCAUCCUACAUUUCGCCAUCGGAACUGGAUACUUCAACGCCAGAGAGGGACUGUACCAGAUGACGCACUACCGUGCCAUCGCAGUGUCCUCGCUGUUGAUCAUGGUCAGCAUUGGUGGCUUCAACUUCUUCGGUCUAUCCGUAACUCGGACCGUCUCCGCUACUUCGCGCUCCACGAUUGAUACUUGCCGCACACUCUUUAUCUGGAUCGUGUCGCUUGGCCUUGGCUGGGAGACGUUCAAGUGGCUUCAGGUUGCGGGUUUCGCUCUGCUAGUGUACGGUACCUUCUUGUUCAAUGACCUCAUUCGUCCGCCGAUCAAGGCAUGUGUGGAAAGGAAGAACGAGCCCCUGCUACCUGAGGGCCCCAUCGAGCAUCUCUAG